AUGGGCCCGGUUGCUUCGCCACCGUGCGAGGUCGAAUUCUCCCAGGCCGCACGACUAGCGCUCGUCCGGCCUCGAGUCUUCCAUUCAUACACUAACAAAACCUCGAGGCCGAAAACCUCGUACCAGUUCGCCUACCCCGUGGUCCAUACCUGGCACAAACGACUCAAGCUUCGGCCGAAGCUCCUUAUGCAAGUCCGGCAGGUGUCGCAAACGGCGCGGCCCUUGCCCAUCUUAGACGUUCAACAAUCGACAUUGUAUUUGCCACAUUUUGUUCAAAAGUUUCCAGCCAUGUUUUGCCAGAAGAAUGGACAGGGCGCGAAGGGCUUAAACGUUGUGAGGAAUGAACUAUAUACUCGCACGGUGGCCAACAUCCCCGAGAAACAUAUAAGUUGUGAAGGAGAAGACGAGGACCACCGCCAAGUCGUGGCCACGAUUUUCCGGGUGGCCCAAGAUGGAGGUCUAAAAGGGAAGGCUAAGAUCUGUUUGAAUUUUGGGCCGGUCUGGGAAGCGACUCCUCUGUCCAGUGGCUCAUAUGAGUUUGUGGCUCCCAGAGACAAUGUCCCGGUCACUCAACCGCGCCAUGACAACAAACGAUUCACCUUCAGCGUCAUCAAUCCCAACGCUCGUCGGCAUCCGGUGAUCGCUUCCAUGAUCAAGAACCAGCUAGAGGUCUAUGAUGGAUAUCUUGUUGUGGCCUCCCCUAGCACCGGCCCCAUAACCCCGAGCUUGGGCAUACCCGUGGUCAGUGACGCGUCCGGUGAUGCAGCAAGGGGGGAUACCAAGAACACAAUUAUGCUCGAUGAGGGGCUACGGACACUGAUCGUUGUAACCGGGGUCUGGGUCGCUUGCUGUGAGGGUUGGUUGCAAAACUUUAGCUAG